CUGAGGCUGCGGGGUGGUGGGUGGAGCACUAGAGGCUGCAAGGACCCGGAGCCCGAGGGCGGGGCUGCAGACGGCGUUGGGCGACUUGUCGCGGUGCAGCGCGGAAAGGCGCACUGAGCUGGCUCUGCAGCGGGUGAGCGAGUGAGCCAGGCCGAUGGCGGUGUCGACGGCCCUGUCGGCUGCAGCUGCGGCUGCAGCCCUAUCCGGCCUGGCAAUGCGAUUGUCGCGUUGGGCGGCGACGCGCGGCUCCUACAGCGCCUUCUGCAAGGGGCUCACGCGCACGCUGCUCACCUUCUUCGACCUGGCCUGGCGGCUGCGCGUGAACUUCCCCUACUUUUAUAUGGUGGCCUCGGUGAUGCUCAACGUCCGCCUGCAGGUGCGGAUCGAGUGAGCCAUCGCCCGCCACAACGGCGGCCCCCCGGGUGGAGAGCGCCAUCUGCGCCACCCACGCCACCCCCGCCAUCCCCUCCAGGCGGCCGCUUGAAGGACCGUGGGGCCGCUCAGGGCCCAGAGACAGCGGCGGGGGGCGCAGACGGAACUGCCUGGGUCCCUCCAUUUUAGGCCUCCGCGGAGGGCCACAGUACUGCAUCCCAUACUGCAAAAACCCUUCGCAGCAGAGUCAUUUUCCGCGGCAUCCAGAGAAUCAUCAGAGUCUGGCAAACCUGUUGCCUCCGAUUGGCCAGAAAGAGGGAGAACCCGAAAGAGGGGGUGCUACCGCAGGAUUUACCAGGCCCUGUGCAGGAAGGCCUUGGUCUUCUGGGUGAUGGCUCCCUUCUGUGAUCAUUUCAAGAUGGAUCCCUAUGUAGAGAUGCCUGCUUCUGUUCCUGACCAGCCCGGGGAGCAGCUGAGUGAAGAACCUGCCUAGAAGAGGAAGGGCCUUUCUGGUAGAGGCCUAGAGAGUGGUGGGGUUGCUCAGGCUUCUGGCCCAGCCAUAGAAAAGAUGCCAGUGUACCUCGGGCACUGAUAUUUCCCAGUAACACUGUGAGGGAGACAUAUUCCCUCAUCUCAUGAAUACAAUGGGGCUCAAGGACCAGGCUGGGUUUGCCCUUGUUACACACAGAAGAGGGGGGAGUUCAGCCUGCCCUGGACCUGCAUUCCCCCACCCCUUCUGCAGUGUUCUCCAUGACCUAGAAGGACGCCGGGGUGGGGAGGGAGUAGAGAGCUGUCAGGGGCCUAGGGAGAAAGAGAGGCUGUGGGUUAGGGUAACUGGGCAUCUGCCUUUCCUUGGAGUAGACUAGAAGACAGGCAGAUGUUGAGUUCAUGAACAGAGAGGAAGGUUCAGGAACUUCCUGAAAUUAGUCCUCUCUAACUCUCUGGUGCUUGACCACGGCCCUCCAAGCAAUUGUGUGGUAGUGGACUACAAUGAUGACAUUGUGGUUCAUGGAAAGUCGAGGACCUAAAGGCUGACACCCAUGGUAUGGCCCUGUUUCUUUGUACCCAGGCUUGUAGCCCCAUCCCAGGCAUCACAUGGGAAAAGCUUCUCCUCCAGAUAUACUGAGCACAGUCUGUCCAGGAGGCCCGUCUUAGGCUAGCCUCUCCAAAUGCCCAAGGAUGGCCCAAGGGAUACUUUCACUAUGUCUCCUACACUCCUCCAAGCUUCUCUGCCACUGGUAUCUCAAGGUCCAUGCAUUCCAUUCCUGAUA